UAAAGACAGACAUGUCAGCCUCUCAGUCGGUGCUGUUUGCAGCCUGGCUGCUUUUGCUGCCUGCCUCCCACUCGGCUCCCACUGAGCUCUCCUGCACCUCAGCCCAAGCUGACCGGUGCAAAGCUGCAGAAAGCGCCCCUGGGUCCAUGCUAGCAGGACAAGGCUUUGAUGUGGUCACCCUGCAGAUCAAGCCGGCCUACGUCAUCGAUAUGAACACCUGGCAGAGGCCAAACGGCUCCUGUACUCUGUGCCAAAACACCCUCAUGAAGAAGCAGUGGCAGAGGCUUCCCGCCGCUGUGGAAAACUGGAGGUGUCUGAAAGGAAACAGCACAUUAUCUGCCAGCCUGUAUGGAUCCAGUAAAGCCUUCAUCCUGGACAGCCUCACAGAUGUGGGGCCCAGCUGGAAGCAAGGCUUAGAUCUAAACGACAGCACACUGAUAGUGGGGGGGACGCAGUCGGAGGCCGCCCGGACCGUCACUGAUCGCUCCAACCAGGAUAAGUUCAGCUUUGUUAAACAAGAGCUGUGGAGAUCCUAUUACAGUUACAGCGUGAGAAAAAACCCUCCGCUCAGCCCAAAGUUUGCCCAGUCCAUCAUGAGCCUCCCAGCGCAGUACAACGACACGACCCAGGUGAAGUACAUGAAUUUCCUGGCCACAUUUGGCACUCACUCCAUGCACAAAGUUGUUCUGGGUGGAAGAGUGAAGAGCGUCACCUCUGUGAAAACCUGCAAAGCAACGUUAGAGGGCUUUACUGAAAUGGAGGUGAGAAACUGUCUGAACGUCGAGGCGGCUGCAGCGGCGGGUGUGAAAAGCCCUGAAAUAAAACCCCAAAGGGUUUACUGCAGGAAGGCCACCAAGCAGCACCCAAACCUGAAAAGUUUUAGCAGGAAGUUCAAUGUGAGAUUCACUCAAGUGGUGGGGGGCAGCUCUGGUAACAAAACCAACCCACUCUUCUCUGUAAAGGACUUUGGAAAAUGGAAGAAAGGUUUGACGAGGAAACCCGGCAUCGUCGACUAUAGCCUGAUCCCUCUCUACCAGCUGGUUAAAGAUCCAUCGAGGAGAAGCGGACUGAAACUGGCGAGUGAAGACUACAUCCAGAAAAACGCUCUGAAGAAACAGUGCUCUAACAACUGCGUCCAAGGCUCCACCCCCAGCUCCCACGAUCCGUGCACAUGUGCCUGCCGCCCCACCAGCCACGUCGGCAGCAACUGCUGCCCACUGCAGCGAAGCCUGGCCCACCUCACCGUCACGGUCAAGUCUGCCAGCGGCCUGUGGGGCGACGUGCUCACCAAGACCGACGCCUUCGUGAAGGUUUUCGCCGGCAACCAGACGUUCCAGACCUCCGUUAUCUACAACAACGACGACCCGCAGUGGGACGAGGAGUUCUACCUGGGAACGGUGGAGCUGCUGCAGAUGGUGGAGGUGAAGUUCGAGGUGUGGGACGAAGACGAUCAGUGGUUCGACCGACAGGACGACCUCUUAGGGUCCUGCGCCGCCUCGGUCAAGGCGGGCUCGGUGACCUCUGUGUGUCCGAUGAACCACGGCAACUUCUACUUCUCCUAUACAGCCGAGUGUGCGCCGGGGCUGAGAGGAACCACAUGUUCCGAGUACAGCCACCUGUAAGGACUGCAGCCAGGCAACGAAGGUUGUAAUUGCCUGUGCAAAUUCUCUGUUAUCGCCACAGUAAACAGGCUUAAAUCGGAGGCAACCGGACUUUCGCUUAGUUCUUUCUAAAAACGUUUCGACACCUAUCCAGGAGUCUUUGUCAGUCCUUGUUUUAAAGGUGGGGUUCAGUUAGAAGGUAAUAAGCAGUAAAUAACUCUCUUGGUGUCUUUAUUUAGUAUUAAUCAAGAUCAGUUGUUCUGUUAAAGCUAACAGCGAAUCAAUCUCUUAAAGCAAUUCCGAUAUAAAUUUCCUGCCGAUUGAGAGA